AUAAAAACCCCCCACUUCCUCCAUAAUCGCCCACUCAAUUUCAACAAAGCAAGCUCCUCCAUAAGAACAUCAUCAUCGUCAUGAGUUAUUACAAUCAAGGCCAGCAGCCCCCAGUUGGUGCUCCUCCUCCACAAGGUUAUCCACCGGAAGGGUAUCCGAAAGAUGCUUAUCCGCCACCUGGGUAUCCACCGCAACAGGGAUACCCUCCGCCGCAAGGGUAUCCUCAACAGGGGUACCCUCCUCAGUACGGUGCUCCCCCUCCUCAACAGCAAAAACAAAGUGCUGGUUUCAUGGAAGGCUGUUUGGCUGCCCUGUGUUGCUGUUGUCUGUUGGAUGCAUGCUUUUGAAGGAAGUGGGGAUGGUUAGAUGGGUGUACAAGUUGAUGAAGGUUUCAUUUUGGGGGUCACAAUUAGAAGGAGACUUUGUGGGCUACAUUUGGAUAUUUAUUUAUAUGUUGCAUAUGAUUUUGUACCUACUGCUUUCUUAUUUGUGAAUCGGGAGUUGUUCGUUUUUGCAUAUCUUUUGAAUUGUUGUUUUUAUGUUAAAUGCAUCGAUUGUA